GGGGAGGAGCCGCGGGCGGCCAAGCCGGGCCGUCGCGCCGGCGCCGCUGGGAGAGGCCGGCGCGAAGGGGAAGGGGCCGGCGGCUGCGGCGGCCAAUGCGAAACUGGCUGGUGCUGCUGUGCCCCUGUGUGGUCGGGGUCGCGCUGCACCUCUGGCUGCUGCUGAGCUGCCCCGGGAGCCACCCGGCAGGUCCACUGUCCUUCUUUCCUCAAUGGAAGCUGAAGCAUUAUGAUGUUAUCGUAGGUGUUCUGUCAGCUCGACACAAUCAUGAACUACGCAGUGUUAUAAGGAACACUUGGUUCAAGCACCUGAAACAGCAUCCUGCCCUGAACCAACGUGUCCUUGUGAAGUUUAUAAUAGGUGCGCAUGGUUGUGCUGUACCAGUGAAGGACAGAGAAGACCCCUACUCCUGCAAACUUCUGAACAUCAGUAACCCAGUUUUGAAUCAGGAAAUUGAAGCAUUCAGUCUCCCUGAGGACAUACCUUCUGUGCUGUCUGAAGACAGAAUCGUCAGUGUGACCUUCCGUGUGCUUUACCCCAUUGUCAUUACCAGCCUUGGGGUAUUUUAUGAGGCUGAUGGCGUGGGAUUCCAGAGGAACAUCACUGUAAAGCUGUACCAGGCAGAACAUGAGGAAGCCAUCUUCAGUGCUCGCUUUAGUCCGCCGAGCUGUGGAGUGCAGGUGAACAGAUUGUGGUACAAGCCAGUAGAGCAGUUUAUUUUGCCAGAGAGUUUUGAAGGUACCAUUGUGUGGGAGAGCCAGGAUCUUCAGGGCUUGGUUUCAAGAAACCUUCAUAAAGUGAUGGUGAAUGAUGGAGGAGGUGUUUUCAGAGUCAUUACAGCAGGGGAAGGGUCACUGCCACAUGAACUCACAGAAGGUGUGGAGGGAAUUGCAGGUGGUUUUAUCUACACUAUUCAAGAAGGUGAUGCUCUUUUAAAAAGCCUCCAUACUCGCCCAGAAAGGUUUGCAAGUCACAUAAGAAACCUUGAGAAAGAAGAUGCUUUAUUGAAGGAAGAAAGCAGUAUGUAUGAUGAUAUUGUGUUUGUAGAUGUGGUUGACACUUACAGAAACGUUCCCUCCAAGCUGCUGAACUUCUACCGAUGGACAGUGGAAUCAACGAGUUUUGAUUUGUUGCUGAAGACUGAUGAUGACUGUUACAUUGAUUUGGAAGCUGUUUUUAACAGGAUAAUGCAGAAAAAAUUGGACAGGCCAAACAUUUGGUGGGGAAAUUUCAGACUAAAUUGGGCAGUUGAUCGAACUGGGAAAUGGCAAGAACUGGAGUAUCCAAGUCCUGCAUAUCCAGCCUUUGCUUGUGGGUCUGGCUAUGUCAUCUCCAAAGACAUUGUGCAGUGGCUGGCAAGCAACUCUGAAAGAUUAAAAACAUACCAGGGUGAAGAUGUGAGCAUGGGCAUCUGGAUGGCAGCUGUAGGACCCAAGCGAUAUCAAGAUGGUCUCUGGUUGUGUGAGAAGACAUGUGAGAGUGGCAUGCUGUCUUCCCCCCAGUACUCGCCCCAGGAGCUGGGAGAGCUCUGGAGAUUAAAGGAACUGUGUGGAGAUCCAUGUAGAUGUGAGGAAAGAUGAUGGACUUGCCUUGGAAAACAGGGUAGUGUAUAAUGAUAAUGGAAAAGUGUACAUUUGGAUUCAUUCCUGGAACAACAAGAAAUAUUAAGGUACCUUUUAAUGCUGGGUUUCAACUAAAGUAUAACAAUAUUUGCACAUCCCUUUUGAUAUUACAAGUGGACUGAUAAUAUUCAUUUUCUAUAGUAUAGAUGUUGAUCAGACAAACACCAAAAUGUUCAAGAUUAAAAAAAAAA